AGCCUCCAAAUGUUGUCAGCCAAUACGAAGCGCAGAGCAGACGAGCCUUCAUAACCCAACCCCUAAUUACUUAUAAACUACACAGCACUAAUCAUGUGACGGUAGUGUACUACUACUACUACUACUACUACUACCGUAGAUCGUAGCACCCGCCCUACGGAUCGGCAUUGCGAUGAGAAGCUCGUCUCAAGGGCUUAUCCACAACGCUAUUGACUAUUGACAUCAUCUCACCAACGGAUAAUUUUUCACUUUCUUCAGGUGAAAGGACUAACAUUCUCUCGAUACAUAAAGGGAGAAGAGGAGAAACUGAAUCAUACACUCAUAACUACUAGUAACCAAGUGGAGCUAGCAGAGCUGGUACUGGCUCAGGUCAGGAAUGGUGGAUAACUUGCCGGUAGGAGAGGAGACCUUCCUGUAUUACGCCAGCUUUCCUACAGAACAUCACGAAUCGGACAUGGUGAUAGACACAGGUGUCUACCAGGCGGUGCCCUCCCCGUUUUCAGAGGACGACCUGAGUGACUCGUCCAGCCCUUGCUCCUGCUCCAGCCCUGAAUCCCAGGUGCUGGGUUCCAGCUACGGCAGCAGCAGCUCCAGUGGAGAGAGCCAGGAUGGUCUCCUGGACUUCCUGCUCUCCCAGGCCACCCUUGGAAGUGGAGUUACUCCCACUCUAUCUCCCUCAUUACCACCCAUCCUCCCCAGGGGUCUAGCAUGGGAGUCGAAGACGGACCGCCUGUUUCAGCCAACCAAAGAGGAGUGCUUUGAGUUCCCUGUGUUCCCAGCGGACCUGGAGGAUCAUGUGGGGCUGCUGUUUCAGCCCACCCUGGAGGAGAUAGAGGAGUUCCUGGAGGAGAAUAUGGAGGUGGUGAAGUUGAAGAAGGAGGCUAGUGAGGGAGGGAUGUUGGAUGUAGACAGUCAGGUAACAGGGUUAGAGCCUGGGCUAGAGCAGUCAGUACCUGUUGCCAGGGCUACUGUCCCCACCACAGAGACCAAAUACACAGCAACAUCCACAAUAACACAUUCCAACGGUUGUAGUGGGAUUAAACAGGAGGAACCUGCUGAAAUACCAGUCUCAGGGGAGGGGUCUGGCUUGACGCCUGUCAUCUUGCAGAUUCAACCAAUCCAGAUUAAGCAAGAGCCCAGCCCAGGUGUGAUACCAACACCAGUACCACCGCAGACCACCCUGCCCUCCUCAGACAUCAAAAUCGCCCAACUCCUGGUCAACAUCCAGGGCCAGACGUUUACCCUGGUGCCCCAGCUGGUGUCUCCAGCUAAUCUCAAUGGUACAUCUUCCAAAUUUGUGCGCAUCGCGCCCGUACGCAUCGCCGCCAAGCCCCUGGGUCUCAGGGAGGGUGGGCUUGCAGGUGGCCAGGCUGCAGGGAUCCUGGUGGGAGGACAGAAGUUCCAGAAAAGCUCGGUUACGGACCUUAUAAAAAUGCAUAAGUGUACUUUCCCUGGCUGUGCCAAGAUGUACACUAAGAGUAGCCACCUGAAGGCCCACCUGAGGAGGCACACGGGGGAAAAGCCCUUCGCCUGCACCUGGCCUGGCUGUGGAUGGAGGUUUUCGAGGUCAGACGAACUCUCCAGACACCGGCGCUCUCACUCUGGAGUGAAGCCUUAUCAGUGUCCCAUCUGCGAGAAGAAGUUUGCCCGCAGCGAUCACCUGUCCAAACACAUCAAAGUCCACCGCUUUCCAAGAAACAGCAGGACAGUGCGAUCCGCAAACUGAGCACAUUGACCUCCCGGUCCUGCUAGACUGAGGCCACGCCACAGGACACAUGCAGAGACAGAGAGAGAAUGUUUGUGAGAGAGAGAGAGUGAAUGAAUGUGGGAGAUUGCUUACAGCAGAGGGGACAGUGGGACAGACAGAAUUAAUGUGGGAGAUUGCUAAUAGCAGAGGGGACAGUGGGACAGACAGAAUGAAUGUGGGAGAUUACUAAUAGCAGAGGGGACAGUGGGACAGGCAGAAUGAACGUUCAAACAACAGUUAAGGGAGAGAGUGUUUGAAUGUUUUGUUUGUUUUUGUGUGUGUGUGACGCACGUUGGUGGUACUGUGAUAAUUUAUUGAGUAAUGCAGAGACUCAAAAGAUAAAACAUUUUGAAAAAACAAGAACUGUUACAUAACAUGACAUCUUCACUGGUGCAUGAUGGGAAGUUCAGUGCUUUAGCGGGAUUUACACUUAAAAGCAAUGUUCCCGCGUUCGCGGAUACUUCAUUCACAGUAAACGCUGCAUAUGCCGGCUCAAUCAGAAAUUACUUUUACAUUUCAAUGUCGCUAUAGCACUGAACUUCCGCAGCACAGAUUGAAUUGAGUCCUACGUUUCUUGUAAAUAGCUUUUCUUAAUUUUUUUUUUUGGGGGGGGGGGUUCUCAUAAAAAUGUUUAAGAUACGAUUUCAGAAUAUAAAAGAGGUUUUGUUAUGCAAAGUAUUUUUACACUUUGAGGUUUGAAUUAAUUGUUGUUGAUGUACCUGCCUAUCCUUAAUGCAUCAACAUUCCUUCUGCUAUAUGAUGAAAUUAUCUUCUCAUCGCCGAGGGAGUUUUUACUAUGUACUUCUUCAAACCAAAAAAUGACUAUUAGUACUCAAACGUUCAUGUUGAACUACUGAUCAUGAUCAGAAUCAUGCCAUUAUAAGCUACCGGCAACAUGUGGAGGCUGUCUCCUAUUUUCACUAUGGGAGCACCAUGACGACUCAUGCCUGGUAAAGGCUGGAUCAGCUAACAGUGAACAGCCAACUGCAGAACAACGAGGUGCAGCAAAAAAUAUUUCAUGUUUUAUGGUGUGUUGUUUAUAUGUGAACCGACUGGCUUUCUGAUCAAUAUUGAAGACAUUGAAGAACCUUUCCUUUUGUAUAUUUGUAUACAUUAGCUGCAGGAGCUGUUAUUGUCAUUUUCUUUCAUUUUCUGUUAUGUCAUUGGCUCUUUAAGCUGUCCUUCUCUGGGGCCAAUAUGUCAACUAAGUAGGCCUAUGUAGUAUCUGUUUGAAUAUAAUGAUAACACUUAACCCGUUGGUGACUGUAUUAAAUCUUCAUAGCACAUAA